AUGACGGAUUGUCUUGAGCCGGAAGGCUCCCAGAAGUCCAUUCCCGGCUCCAGCCCAAGCCAGCCGGUAACGCCCUUCAUCGGCAUGCAGCACGCAGCAACGCAUCCAUUGCAGCAGCCAUACAUACAGAACAAUGACUCUCGGCAACCCCAAGACUCAGGACGCCAGAGUCAGAGCGCUGCAACAAGUGCCAGCGGGAUGUCAGCGCCCCCGGAUGGGCUUGACAAUGAUGGGGGACGUAAUGGCAAGGUUCCGAGUCCUUCUCUACCCCAAUUUAUGUCGACCACCCCUCCCAAGAUUGGGACUCGUUUUUCCUCCAGGUCCGUAAGGAUCCUUCGCAAUUGGUUUGCGGAUCACGAAAGCCACCCAUAUCCAUCCCCCAAGGACGUCGAGAUUCUUCAGAGUCAGACCGGUCUUUCCGGACAGCAAAUCACUAACUGGUUGGGCAAUUGUCGACGACGCUACAAGUUCAGAGCCUUGCGGCCAGUGUCGCUCGAUAUCCCCAACUGGGUUGAACCCUCAUCCAGCACCCAGGGCGCGAUCAACAUCCCAGCGAGGCGUCCGACACCCGUUCCAAUGGAGGACAUGAACCCCUUGCAGCGCUGGGAGAACUCUCCUCCCCAGCAUGAGGCGGCAACCGUGUCCGACAUCUCCCGGGCCGUCGCGGCAUCGGUUGCAUCACCUUCAGCCUUAGCUCCAGCACCACCGCGCACAUCUGAGUGGUCGGGGAGGUCAGCCGGGACUGCAUCAUCUGUCAGCAGUGCAGGGACGUCUUGCUCCAGUAGGGGCUCUGGAUCACAGCUGUCGGCCUCCUCCCACGCGUCUCAUACUUCUCUGGAGUACCUAAAGCGCAGCACCAACCGCAGGAGGCGUGGCACGACACAUCGACGACAGAGGGGAAACUGGUUGAACCGGUUCCAGGCAUCCGGCCGUUACCAGUGCACAUUUUGCACUGAAUCAUUCAAGACCAAGUACGACUGGGAGCGCCACGAGAAGUCGCUCCAUCUAUCGCUGGAGGCGUGGGUUUGCUCGCCCAAAGGAUCAGUAGAGACGCACCCUGACGAGGGCGUGCUUUGCGUCUACUGUGGUGAAUCCAACCCGGAUCAGGGUCACCUAAAAAAGCACAAUAACGCUUCCUGCUUAGAGCGGCCAUUUGAAGAGAGGACAUUUUACCGGAAGGAUCAUCUUCGACAACAUCUCAAGUUAGUGCACGGCGCCAAGUACAUCAAGUGGCCUAUGGAGACGUGGAGGACCGCGAUUAAGGACAUCCACUCCCGAUGUGGAUUCUGUGGCAUUGAGAUGGAGUCGUGGAGUAGCAGGACUGGUCACUUGGCCUCCCAUUUUAAGGACGGUCGUACUAUGGCAGACUGGACGGGUGACUGGGGGUUCGAGCCUUCGGUCAUUGAGAUGCUCGAUAAUGCCAUACCCCCAUAUCUCAUCCAUUACGAGAAGAACUCUCCUCUGCCCUUCUCGGCUCUAGCUGGUCCCGCAGACACGCCAAGCAGCGCUUACGAACUGAUCAAGUUGGAGUGGGAAUAUUACAUGCGAGACUACCAUAAUACUCACGCCGAGGAUCUAUCCGACGAAAAAAUGCGAUAUGAGGCUUGUCUAAUUAUAUUUGGAGCAGAGGCUAUCUCAGAAGACCAUCCAUGCUCUGCUCCGUCAUGGCUGCGCGACCUUUUGAUGGCGAAUCACGACAUCGCGGAACAGGCACGCAUCCAGCCCAUGAAGCAAGUUACCAAGUCUCGCAUGAGCCCACUAAAGAUCAACGGCAAGAAGGAUAUCUUUGAGGGCUGUGAACUAGAAGGGUCACUCUGCCGGUACAUCGGCACGCACAUCAGCUUGGGACUGCAGCUCUCUGACCAUGACCUCCAGCAGGAAGCGUGCCAUGCCAUCAGUCGUCUCGAAACUCCUUCUCCAAACCCAUCUAAGCGCUUUAUGGAAUUCCUGUUGAGACUCAUCUGGGAUUCUACAGAAUGGCUGGGGCCUUUGAAGGAACGAGGGCGCUUCUACUCAGAGGGGGAAAUCGCCGGUGAAGGUCCUCAUCUGCUAGAUCCUCAGCAGUUUCCAUUUGGAACAUCCAUACCAAUUGAACUACCCAACCUGAUUGCAGGCUUGGAACAGUCUGAGACUCCUCAGCUGCCAACGAGCCUGCUCUGGACCUCGGCCCUGGAAACUGCCCAAGGUUCCAUGCAGCCUUUUGCUGAGCCGUUCCCUAGCCCCUGGGCUCCCGCCAUGAGCGAGUCAACAUUCAAUUCCUCUCAUCUCAACCCAGCCAUCAACUCGAUGACUGUCACCCCAUUCUUCCUCAACGACAACAACAGCUAUCGCCGGCUUACUAGGGAACUGUCCCGCUUUGUAGUUAGUUGCAUGUCGCCCAACAAUCCAAACAGUCAUGUACCGAGUGAUGAGGAACUAAAGUAUCAAGCGCGCUGGAUUCUCUACGACGACGAUGAUCCCUGGAACCAAACACCUGUUGAUAACGUUGAGUGGCUAAACGAGUUCAAAAGGGGCGUCGACAUUGGCAAAUGA